AAUUUCCGCGUUUUGCAGCGUUUAUUGAUUUAGAUCUGAAAAGUCCGACAAAAUUGUUAUUGCUAUGUAAAAAGCAAAUAAAUACAAAUACAGUUGUUUAUUUCCUGUUUUCACUCCUUUAGAGUCUUGUUCAUAGAUCUGAGACCAAGUACUUGAAGUAAAAUGGAUUCCGGACAAAAACCAACUGUUCCAAUUUUGUCCACAGCAGGGGCUGUUCCUGUGAAAACAGAGAAAGGUGUUUCUAUGCAAAAGGUGAAAGUUAACAGAUACGUAACAGGAAAAAGACCAGACUAUGCUCCAGACAGUAGCUCAGGAGAGAGUGAUGAAGAAUUCAUUCAGAAAAAACCUGGACAGAAACCAGUUGUUAAAGAAGUUGAAGAAGAGCCAGAAGAAAGUUUUGUGGAUCGGAGAUUGAGACGUCUACAAGAGGCACGGAAAUCUCGUGUUGAGGAAUCUGAUAGUGAUAGUGAUGAUGAUAGAGUCGCAAGACAUAGGAGACAGGUUAUAGAACCUGAAAUUAUUGCCGAGGGCACAGAUUCAGAGGAGGAGCGAGUGCGUCGCCGAGCAGCAGACGAUGACGAGAGUAGCGAGGAAGAGGAGGAACUUGAUGAUGAAGAAAUUGAACGUCGUAGAAACUUGUUGAGACAGAGAGCCCUGCAGCGUAAACAGGAAGAGGAUAUUUUAGAUCUGGAGGACGAAAAGCCAGGAGAAAGUGACGAAGAAUCCUCAGAAUAUGAAGAGUAUUCCGAUUCAGAAGAGGAGACUGGUCCUAGACUGAAACCAGUUUUUGUGAGAAAGAAGGACAGGUUCUCUGUACAGGACAAAGAGAGAAGUGAAGCUAAAGCAAAAGAACUUGAGGCUGAGGCUAAAAAGCUGGCUGAGGAGCGGAGAAAACAAACACUCAAGAUUGUGGAGGAAGAAAGAAGACGAGAGAUUGAGGCAGAGAAGGUAACUCAGGAUGCGUGUGAUUUACUUGAUAGCGGUGAUGAAAAUGACGAGGAGGCAUAUGAGGCGUGGAAAGUACGAGAAUUAAAGAGACUGAAACGUGAUCGAGAAGAACGAGAAAAUUUGGAGAAGGAGAAGUUAGAGAUAGAACGUAUCCACAAUAUGACAGAGGAGGAGAGAAGACAAGAAUUUCAACACAAUCCGAAACAACGCACAAACAAAGCUCCAAAGGGCAAAUACAAGUUUCUACAGAAGUAUUAUCACAGAGGUGCAUUCUUCAUGGAUCGGGAUGAUGACUCAUUUAAAAGAGAUUUUGCUCAGCCUACAUUGGAGGAUCAUUUCGAUAAAACAGUUUUGCCGAAAGUCAUGCAGGUCAAAAACUUUGGUAGAUCAGGGCGCACCAAGUACACGCAUCUUGUUGAUCAGGAUACAACACAGUUUGACUCACCAUGGGUGUCAGACACGGCUAUGAACAUUAAAUUUCACAAUCAGAAAGGCGGUGGUACAAAACAGAUAUUCGAUAGACCAAGUCAAAAGAAAAAGAAAUGAAAUGAAAAUGAGUGAUCUCCAUUGAAUAUACUGUAUAUAAGAAAAUGUUUUCUCUGUGAUUGAGAAGAGUGGCAUAAGCCAGUGAUACUUGUAUCGUGGAAGACCUUGGCAAAGUUCAUGGCUCCUUUUCUGGAAGAACUUCUUACAUUCAUUCUCAGUUGAUGGUUAAUCCAUGGAAUUAUUUUUUAAACACUUUGCUGAAAGUUUGUGCAAAUCAAUACAAGUUUUUUUAAAUCAAUCUUGUUUGCUUCUAAACUUCAAAUAGUGAAACAAUGUUCCUAUAAUUUCUUUAUACAAAAAAAGAGUGCAAGUGUCAGUGAACAUUUCUUCAAACAUUUAUAAAAUUAGCAGAUGAUGAAUUUGUUGUUCUCGUAAUGGGCAUAAUAAUUGGGAAAUUAUCCAGUUCUGCAGUAAUUUGGUGAGUGAAAGUAGAAUAUCUGUUAUAAAUAGGGAUGCAGUUUUUUGGAGAAAUUUAUGUUCAUAAAGAAAACCAGCAGAAAGUGAAAUAAUAAUUAUUUUUACACCAUAAUUUACUAGAAAGAAAGAUUACCGUAUGCAAGCUAGAUUUUUUUCAGGGAGGAAAUGAGCUGCACCAUGAGAAAACUAACAUAGUGCAUUUGCAACCAGCAUGGAUCCAGACCAGCCUGCGCUUCCGCGCAGUCUGGUCAGGAGCAGUGCUAUUCGCUUUCAAAGCCUACUGCAAUUACAGAAACUGUUAGCUAACAGCAUGCAGGCUGGUCUGGAUCCAUGCUGGUCGCAAAUGCACUAUGUUGGUUUUCUCAUGGUAUGGCUCAAAUGUUUACUUUCAAAAUAAGUAGUGCAGUAUCAGAUAUUUUGUAUUUCUAAAAAAAAAGAUGAGUAAAGUAUGAAUUUCUA